GUUCUGAAUCGAUAACAUUGAGUGCACCAGGAAAAUGGUAAGGGGGCUACUAGCCCCCAAGUCGUGAAACUAAUUUUUCAAAUGGAUGUUUGUUUAAUCUAAAAUUUACUGGUGAUAUGACGACCGAGAACUUUGGCGAUAUAACCUAAAUCACCGCGUGUAGUGAAACAUAUUUAGAUAGUGAAAUGUUACGUAGGUAAACAAAAAUUCUAUUAAAAUGAAUAAUGUUUACGAGCAGCUGACCGUUAAGGAUGUAGCAAAUUGGGUUGCCUCUGGAGCAAUUAUAUUUGGUGGAAUUAUUCCAUAUGUACCACAGUAUAGAGAAAUUAAGAAAAGAGAUAAUGCAGAAGGAUUUUCUCUUUAUGUAUGCCUUGCACUUUUAAUAGCAAAUACUUUACGUAUUUUUUUUUGGUUUGGAAAGCAUUAUGAAUUACCUCUUUUAUUGCAAAGUAUAUUUAUGAUCAUUACUAUGUUUAUUAUGAUCAAACUUUGCAUCAACGUACAAAAUAGAAAUCAAAUAAUAAAGGCCAGAGAACACGUGUUUGCUGAUUUUGAUGCAAAUUUUUUUUGGAAAUGGACAAAUUUUCAAUCUUAUUUGGACUUCAUGUUGUUAUUUGCGGCACUGGUAGGAAUCCUAACAUAUCUCUUAGUAAAUGUACCAAUAUAUGUUGAAACUGUGGGAUUACUUGCAGUAUUAACAGAAGCUAUGCUUGGAAUACCACAAUUCCUUUGUAAUAUUUCAAAUAAAUCUACUAAUGGAAUGAGCAUAAAUAUGGUUACCAUGUGGACAUUAGGUGAUGCAUUUAAAACUGGUUAUUUCAUUAUAAAAGAAGCUCCUAUUCAAUUUGGAAUUUGUGGUACUCUUCAAGUUAUAAUUGACAUUGCAAUUCUGGCACAAGUAUAUAUAUACCGUAAUAGUACAGGAGUGCAUGUAAGAGUUCCAAUAAGGACAGAUUGAAUUAGAUAAUAUUAAUUUUGUAAUAUAGAUUUCAUACAAUGUUUACUUCCAAAAAAGUUUAUCUAUAUUAGUUAAUAACAUUGUUUUUCUUUACAUACAACUAAACAAAGAACAAAACAGUAAAUACACAGUAUAUUAAAAACAAGUAGAUAGUUACAUAAAUAAACAAAGUAAAUAUUUUUAGAUUUUAAUCGAAAGAUACGCGCAAACCAUAUUUUUUUUAAUUGCAUUGAACUUUCUACAUAUACUUUCUACAAAUGUACACAUUUUUAUAAAUAAAAUUUGUUGAUGUAAUCAACUUUACUUUACUUUUAAACAAUAAAAUAUUUUACUAUUUGA